GUGACCCGAGAAGAAGCUCAGUCUCGGAGCCAUUGAGGACACAGGGUGCAGAGGAGCCUCACUUGCAGAAAAUUCAAACCGUCCUCGCCCUCCUUUACAAUUCAGUCCCCUUUUAUCCUUUCGUAACUUUUUACUUUUGAAUUUAUUUUUUUCUUCCCCUUUUCUCUGUUAAACUGCGCCUAAAAUAUAUUUUAAAAAGCAAAAAACUUAUUUCCUCACUUUUCCUAUUCUCCACUUCACUGAAAACAAUUAAAAGAGUACUCCACCUCUCCGACGACAGCAGCACCUGCAAAGCCUCCAAGCUCAGCGACCUCCCAGCCCGACCGCCCUCCCUCUCCGCGCGCGGGUUCCGGGGCCCGGCGAGAGGGCGCGAGCGCAGGCCGAGGCCAUGGAGGUGACGGCGGACCAACCGCGCUGGGUGAGCCACCACCACCCCGCAGUGCUCAACGGGCAGCACCCGGACACGCACCACCCCGGCCUCGGCCACUCCUACAUGGACCCAGCGCAGUACCCUCUGCCUGAGGAGGUGGAUGUACUUUUUAAUAUCGACGGCCAAGGCAACCACGUCCCAUCCUACUACGGAAACUCAGUGAGGGCCACCGUGCAGAGGUACCCUCCGACCCACCACGGGAGCCAGGUGUGCCGCCCUCCGCUGUUGCAUGGAUCCCUGCCCUGGCUGGAUGGUGGCAAAGCCCUGGGCAGCCACCACAGCGCUUCGCCCUGGAACCUCAGCCCCUUCUCCAAGACAUCCAUCCACCAUGGCUCCCCAGGGCCCCUCUCGGUAUAUCCCCCAGCCUCAUCCUCUUCCCUGUCGGCGGGCCAUUCCAGCCCACACCUCUUCACCUUCCCGCCCACCCCGCCGAAGGACGUCUCCCCGGACCCGUCCCUGUCCACUCCGGGAUCAGCCGGCUCUGCCCGGCAGGAUGAGAAAGAGUGCAUCAAGUACCAGGUGUCCCUGCCGGACAGCAUGAAGCUGGAGUCGCCGCACUCCCGCGGCAGUAUGACUACCCUGGGAGGGGCCUCCUCCUCGGCCCACCACCCCAUCACUACCUACCCACCCUACGUCCCCGAGUACAGCCCCGGACUCUUCCCUCCCAGCAGCUUGCUGGGAGGCUCGCCCACAGGGUUCGGAUGCAAGUCGAGGCCUAAGGCGAGAUCCAGCACAGGCAGGGAGUGUGUAAACUGCGGGGCAACCUCAACCCCACUGUGGCGGAGAGAUGGGACGGGGCACUACCUUUGCAAUGCUUGUGGACUCUACCACAAAAUGAAUGGACAGAACCGACCCCUCAUUAAGCCCAAGCGAAGGCUGUCGGCAGCAAGAAGAGCAGGUACGUCCUGUGCAAACUGUCAGACUACCACUACCACUCUCUGGAGGAGAAAUGCCAACGGAGACCCUGUCUGCAAUGCCUGUGGGCUGUACUACAAGCUGCACAAUAUUAACAGACCCCUGACUAUGAAGAAGGAAGGAAUCCAGACCAGAAACCGAAAAAUGUCUAGCAAAUCCAAAAAGUGCAAAAAGGUGCAUGACACGCUGGAGGACUUCCCCAAGAGCAGCUCGUUUAACCCAGCCGCCCUCUCCAGACACAUGUCUUCCCUCAGCCACAUUUCACCUUUCAGCCACUCCAGCCACAUGCUGACCACUCCAACACCGAUGCACCCACCGUCCAGCCUCUCCUUUGGACCUCACCAUCCUUCCAGUAUGGUCACCGCCAUGGGUUAGAUUCCCUGCUUGAUGCUUAACGGUCUCCAAGCGAGAGUCCCUCCAACCCCUUAUACUUGCAUUUUUGCAGGAGCAGUAUCAUGAAGCCUAAAACCGAUGGAUAUGUUUUUGAAGGCAGAAAGCAAAAUGAUGUUUGCCACUUUUGAAAAGGAGCUCACUGUGGUGUCUGUGUUCUCAACCACUGAAUCUGGAUCCCAUUUGUGAAUAAGCCAUUCAGACUCAUAUUCCCUAUUUAACAGGGUCUCUAGUGCUGUGAAAAAAAAAAUGCUGAACAUUGCAUAUAACUUAUAUUGUAAGAAAUACUGUACAUUUGAGGAAGACUUUAUUGCAUCUGGGUAGCUGUAAGAAAGGCAUGAAGGACACCAAGAAUUUUAAGGAAUAUGGGGAAAUAAAGUGUGGAAAUUAAGAAGAAACUAGGUCUAAUAUCCAAAUGGACAAACUGCCAGUUUUGUUUCCUUUUACUGGCCACAGUUGUUUGAUGCAUUAAAAGAAAAAAAAAGAAAAAAAGAAAAAAAAGAAAAAAAAAAAUGUAGGCAAAUCAUUCAUCCAAAGCUGUGGGCCUCUGCAUAGGAAAUACUAUCAGUUCCAGGCAAUCAGUGUUCACACUCAUAUAUUGCCAUUGAGGGCUUCAGAGAGCCUUUUCCCAGACCUACAUGCUUUGUGAACAAGUCCCUGUAAUUGUUGUUUGUAUGUAUAAUUCAAAGCACCAAAAUAAGAAAAGAUGUAGAUUUAUUUCAUCAUAUUAUACAGACCGAAUUGUUGUAUAAGUUUAUUUACUGCUAGUUGUUAAGAACUGCCUUUUUUGUUGUUGUUUGUUUCUGUUUUGUUUUAAUAUUUUCCUUCUCUCAAUUUUUGGUUGAAUAAACUAGAUUACAUUCAGUUG